AUGCCUUCCUCGAUCACGCUUACUGUGUCCCAUCUGCCGACAUCUACCUCGUUCUUUUUGUCUGCCCUACAGCCACUCAACUACGCAUAUCGUGGACGCAGUGACAACACCAUUGGCUUUGGCUCUACAUUGCAUCCAUCGGCUCCGCCAGACUUCUGGAUCACACAAGAGAUACCAGGCGUUCCUGCUGGAGCUGCACACAUUGCUUUCGAGGCUCCUUCGACGACCGCCGUGCAGCAUUUCUUCACGGCUGCUCUCAAAGCAGGAGGCAAGAUCCAUGGGGAGCCUGCAGUCAGGGAUGAGAGUGGAUACUACUCGGCAGCAAUCAUCGAUUUCGACGGGAAUUCCAUCGAGGCAGUCUUUCGUCCAAGCAAUUCAGAUGACAAGGAGAACGACGUCAAAUCAACGGUGUCUUCCAAGGCUAUGACCAAAGCUGUGUCAGAGGUCAGAAGCCAAGCCUCUCGGGCUCCUCCUUCUGUAGUGGAGUCCUGCAUUUCUCGCUCUGCCCUGCCUAGUGAAGCUCCUACACCGGCUCGAAAGACACCCAGCGACAUGGUUGAAGGAAUCGUAUCUGUGGCUAAUGUGGCCCGCAACUUGGUACAAAGCGUCAGUGGUUCUCAACCAUCUCAACCUCAUCCAACUGGGAACGGUGACGGCAAUGUCAUUUUCGGGACUCUGCUUGGGGUUGCCGCUGGUGCAGCUCUUCACUAUGCUUUUAGCCAUGACAAAGACACAAAAACUCGUCCAGGAUUAUAUGCUCGUAGUGCUACGGAGCCCACGAUGCCCGUUCACCACGAACCCUACGGUCAACUCGAAGGUCCCAAGUACAUUACUUUAGAAGAUAACGACUAUGCAUCAACCAUUCGUCCCAACCACAGCACAGCCGGCUCCUACCGCAAUAGCGUCGAAAGCCAGAGAGUCUACGCCACAGGCUUCGGCAUCGGCUCCAUCGCUCCCAGCAAAGCAUCGAAAGCUAGCCAGCGUACGAGCACUCCAAAAAUGAUCGAGGCGCCUCCAUUAGCACCACCAUCUACAAUACAUCACGCUCCUCAGUCUCAAAUCUCUCGAUCUUCGUCGCAUCAUAACCAAGCUCCUUCGAUGUCACCAUCACACGCUUCACGUCCAUCGACAACGCGGCGCGCUUCGGAAAGAAGCAACGCCGAACCACCAGUCACCACGGCGACAUCCCGCCACAUACUCCGUACCACCUCCGAAUCUCAAAUCCACCGCACAUCAACCUACCCGCCUCCGUCCGCUGCCGCCACAUCACGCACCCUCACGGCUACAUUACGCCCAACCCCACUCUCAGAAGCCAAUCUCGCACGCGUAACCAGCGCUUCCACAGCACCGCCUCCUCCUCCUCCAAGCCUACCCCUCUCUUUGCAUUCAAAGAACAAGGAACCAGAACCUUACCCGAUCGACCUCGAUGGGAGAAGCAGGGCCAGUAAGAGCAGGAGUAAGUCGGGCAGUAGGCAUGGGAGUAAGCAUGGCAGCAGCAGUAAGGCUGCGGGCAGUACAAGUAGCAGGAAAAAGAUGGAGUUGGAGGUUACGCCGGAGGAUAGUGUGAGUCAGGUUAGCAGUGUGAGGAGUGCUAGCACGGUGAGGCACAGAAGUCGGAAAUAG